AUGAGCAACAAGCCCAAGCCAGGAUGCACCGUAUUCGUCGGAAACAUCGACUUCGAUGUCCCAGAAGAGCGAAUUGUCCAAGAACUUGGGCGAGCUGGGAAAGUUGUAAGCUUCCGCCUCCUUCUUGACAAAAAUACAGGGAGAUCAAAGGGAUACGGGUUUGCUGAAUACGAGAGCCCAGAAAUAGCAGAACAGGCCAUGCGUACGCUUAAGAUCUCAUUCAAUGGGAGAGCAGCCAAGAUAAACUACGCUGAAAACGACCUGCCUACGAAGAUAACGGAAGAGAGCGACCUAAAGAAGGAGCUCGUUGCCGAGGAGAUCGCACGAGCAGUGGAUGAGGACGCCCACGGGGCUGAGAUCAUCGGAUACGUCAAGUCACUGGCCGUGGACAAUCCGUCUCAUCUCAGGGAGAUGCUUCAUGAGAAUCCAAGUUUGGUUUGUGCCGUGAUGCACCUGUUUCUGAGCAUGCCUGGUCUCAGGGAGGAUGCGAUGAAGGCACUUUCUGAGUCACUCGACGUGAACAGAAGCAGGGCGCAAAUUGAGAGCAGAAUUCUGUCGAUGACUCAGAAGGAGAUGGAGCACUACGGGGAGGACGUGAGAAACAGACUCGUGAAACUGCGAUUUCAGUUACAGAGAAAAUGA